AUGACGACGGAAGGGAAUGUAAGAAAAGCCGCUAGACUUAAUCUAUUAGAACUUUGCAUGUCGAAAGUUUUAGAGAAACUUUGGUUUGAAAAUUUAUUUCAUAUAUUUAAUUUUUCAAAAAAAUCGACUCGGAAAGCCGUUGUGACUGAUCCAAAUGCUGAUAUCAGAUCGAUUGAUUCGCGAAAAUUAGCAUUCAUAAAUUCAUUACAGCCCUUAACAUUAUUAAAUUAA